AUGGCUUUUCAUCCGGUAAAUACGGGCUCUGUGUCCGAAAGCCAACGUCGGCAAUCUGAGGCCAUAGCUCUAGCGGCGCCCAGAACAAACACAAUCGGACCCAAUCGGCCCCAAUCUCAGGUCGGCGCACCUGAAGCAUCUCCGAAUUCGCUGCCAAAGGACAAAUUUGGUGGCCUUGCUGGACAGCGACCUUUGCCAUCCUCAACGUCCUUGACGAACCCCGCUUCUGCUCUCCCCCAGUCUGACCAGAACCGCCUGGAAGGAAUGCCCAGUAGAGGAAACUCUCUUCGGUCUACUCGAUCCGGGGGUUCUGGACAUCCGACUGUGGACCCGGAAGAUUCUGAUGAAGGCCAGGACGCGUCGGAGAAUGAGAGUGUUGCGGGAGAUAUUGCUCGGCCCGCAAAGAAGAAGAAAGGGCAAAGAUUCUUUUGUACCGAAUUUCCUCCCUGCAAUUUGAGCUUCACUAGAAGCGAACACCUUGCUCGUCAUAUCAGGAAACAUACCGGAGAACGGCCGUUCCAGUGUCAUUGUGCUCGUCGAUUUUCUCGAUUGGAUAAUUUACGCCAACAUGCUCAAACAGUCCAUGUCAAUGAGGACAUCCCAGGAGACUCACUUGCAGCCACUGGGACACGCUUCCAGCGCCAAAUCAGGACGGAUCGCGUUCGGCCGCCAGGGAGCCGUUCUCGUGCAACUACGCUUGGGAGCCACCCUGGCCCGAGCAGGGGCCAUAGUAGGACCUUAUCUGCCUCAAGUGUAGCGUCGACUGUGUCAACCACAAGUCAGCGGGAUGAUGGACGUAGGCAACCGCCUCCACUUAUGAUGGCUAAUGAUCCAACCGCUCGUGCGAGAUUAACGCUCGACACCUUUCGAAUUCCUCCUGAAAUUUCUGGUCAACAGUUCACUGGCUAUUCCGCGAAUUCUCCCGGUAGCUUUAGCACACCUACCUCGGCCCAUUUUUCUACGGGACCUGGAAGUCCCUUGUUUACUCCGGGGCUUCAAUCGCCCAUUUCAACUAUUCCAAGGAACCCAGGUGUGUGGGCUCAAAGAACGCCAAACCGACGGCUGUCAGUACCUUCUGGUGUCAACUCGUAUACUUCCCCGCAUGGAGCGACGUAUCAGCCUCCUUAUCUCAGCCCGCUUGCGUCAUCGACUGCCUCAAUCUACACACCCGAUGGAAGCAGCUUCGGAAGCCCGACAAGUUCGACAUUCUCCGCCAGGCGCGAGACUGUAACUUCUGCAGAUGCGGAAUGGCGCCGAAGGACAUGGCAUCCUGAAACUUACACUGGCUCCUAUAAUCGACCAGCUCCCCGCGGCACAGGCUACUAUCAAACGCCGGACAACCCUGAGGCAGCAAUGGCGUCACAAGUCUCAGCGAGUCAAACCUCGGCUACUCGUCUACCCGGAAUUGAAAGCUUUGAUCGAGUUUCUUAUAGACCGUUGACGCCGCCGGAAAGAGGAACGAGCCCUAUGCAACUAGAUACUCCAAGCCGACUUGCGUCCGUCGCAGGGCCCACAGAGCAGUCAGGUGUGGGGCCAGACGAUAAACGUGGUCAUGUCCAAUGGGACAUGUCUCUGCAUCAUAAUUUGACCAAGCUAGACAUUACUUCAUCAGGACAGGAACCGCACGUUUGGGGACAGUCUUUGAGUCGUCCGCCAAACGGCUCUACUUCCAGGCCAUCUACUGCGCCUCAGCCUCCCAUGUAUCCUGAUACCCGGUUGUCUCAUACUCAACCCAUCCAGUAUCAGUCUAUCGAAGUGCAGCAGAGCAGCAACGGAUCACCCGAGACGCCCAGGCGAAUCAAACGGCAAGGCUGGUACAAUGGCCCUCUCUCGGCUACUCAGCCGACAUUCAGUGCUCAGCGGACGUCUCCUGAAGACUCUAGCAGUAGUGAAGGUGUUCCAACCCCUUCAAUAUCAUCUGCUGGAGAAUAUCAUCCCUCUAUUGUGCAUAGCAAUGGGUACAUUGAAGCCAAUCACUCGACUGUUGGGCCUGAGGAUAGCCACGCAAGUUACACAAAUAAGAAUGGAAACACUGUUAGUUAUCCGCUGCCAUCCGAAAGAGGAACUCGGAUGGACAUAGUUGAAGAACCUUCAAGACGAAAGAGAGAUGACGCAGAUAUGGGCCGACUAGAGGCUCUUGUGGCGGUCGCGACAAGCGAAACAAAGCCAUAA